AGUGGCAGAAAGUCUCCAGUUACUGGAAUGUUUGCGACUUUGGACCAAACGUUGCUGCUGUUUGGGUCACCUGCUUCCUUUUUUAGUUUUCAAUGCAGUGACAUUGUUCAGACUCUGUUUUCUUCUAUUUAGAUUUUGAGCAUGAACUGUUUGGAUUCUACUCAAUUUUGAGCAAAGUUCAUUUGGGUUGCCCUGCUGUGCCUCUCCCUCUCUCCUCCUCUGGAUGUCUUCAGUGCACAUUCUUGGAUCCACAACAUUCCUCCUCGUGACAGAAGCCGACGGUAAGAUGGUCGACGGCAGCCUGCUGGGGGAUGCCAACGGCGUGGAGCCAGCACCAGGCAGAUUGAAGGACUCUGGGAAGUGGCAAAGGCCGAGAUUCUCCAGAAAAGCUCUGAUGAAGUGCUGCCUGGUGAAAUGGAUUAUUACCAGCAAGCAGGCACAAGACAAAGAUGACAGCAGCGACAGCGACCUGGAGCUGUCCACGGUGCGCCACCAGCCGGAGGGGCUGGACCAGCUGCAGGCUCAGACCAAGUUCACCAGGAAGGAACUGCAGUCGUUGUAUCGAGGCUUUAAGAACGAGUGUCCCAGUGGACUGGUUGAUGAGGAGACAUUCAAGUCCAUCUAUUCUCAGUUCUUUCCCCAGGGAGAUGCUUCCACCUACGCUCACUUCCUGUUCAAUGCGUUCGACCUUGACAGAAACGGCUCCAUCCGCUUUGAGGACUUUGUCAUUGGCCUCUCAGUGCUGCUGAGAGGAUCUGUCACCGAGAAGCUCAACUGGGCGUUCAACCUCUACGACAUCAACAAGGACGGCUACAUCACCAAAGAGGAGAUGCUGGCCAUCAUGAAAUCGAUCUAUGACAUGAUGGGGAGGUACACCUACCCCUGUGUGCGGGACGAAGCCCCCUCUGAGCACGUUGACAAGUUUUUUCAGAAAAUGGACAGAAACCGGGAUGGCGUGGUGACGAUUGAAGAAUUCAUUGAGACCUGCCAGAAGGAUGAAAACAUCAUGAACUCCAUGCAGCUGUUUGAAAAUGUAAUAUAGAGGAUUUGGAUGAAUUUCCUUUAUCAGCUCAGUUUGCAAACGAACAUCAAGUCCAGCUUGUCUGUCCUCGAAAUUCCCACAGAAGUGUAGGUACUGUACAAAUACGGAAAUAGCUGUAGAUGUGUUUUUAUACUUCCACCUAAACUUCUUCUGCUGUGUCCUGUAAAUGUGUCUGGACUUAAGAAAGACUGUUACGGAAGCACAGGCACAUUCCUGGUGAGAAAAAUGAAUAAAUAAACGGGCUGAGACGUUCACCAUUAUCAUUAGAGGAAGGGAAAACAGAGCACUAAGUUCACAUGGAUACAGACUCUGAUAAAAUAAUUACACCUUUAAACUGGCUGUUUAUUUUUUUAUAUUAGAUAUUAUAAAUGAAUAAAAAAAAGAGAAUGACAGCAUGCUUACCUGUAAAAUGUGUGAUGAGGAAUCAACUUGCUUCACAGUUUUAUGAUAUCAGCACUUGGUUAAGGAUGAACAUUAUUGGUUAUGUAUUUAAGCAGGCGUAUGUAUAUAUGUAUAGGUAAUAGUUCUACAGUAAAUUGUGUUGGACUUAACUUUGCUGCACCGUGUAAUAAAACAAUUGUUUUAAUUAUUUUUAAUUAAAUUAAAUGAGUUAAUAUCUAAUACGUUAAAUGGAGUAGUCAAGAUUUUCUUCCACGUUUUUUUUUUUUUGGGGGGGGGGGGGGGGGUUGUGUUAACUGGUCAUCAUAAACUGUGCAGUACAACGGGGGAAUGACAUGACUGCUGCAAGUGUGUCUUCAUGCUGAAUUUCAGCUUUAACAUGAUGGUUCAGUGAAUGACAGCAUGCUUUCUAUGAAUACCGCAACAGUGGACGACAGUUGGACCUUUGUGAUCUCAGUUCAAUAAAAAAAAGUGCAACCA